CUGCGAACGCGCGCGGGCCGCUGCGGCUCUGCCUGGCUCGCGCGGGGCCGUUGGAGCCUCUCCCGGGGCCGGAGAAGGGAGCUGCAGAGACCCCAGGUGAGAUCUGGGCCCUGUUCUGCCAGGCGCUGCGGAGACCCCAAUUGAGAUCUGGGCCCUGUUCUGCCAGGCGCUGCGGAGACCCCAAUUGAGAUCUGGGCCCUGUUCUGCCAGGUGCUGCAGAGACUCCAACAGAGGUCGGAUCCCACUGUUGUGACAGGUGCUGUGGAGACCGCAACUGACAUCAGGCCCCCCAUUGUGCCAGGCUACAGAAUAAUGUCCAGGUUUCACUCCAGAUCCACCCAGGGGGAAGGAAAUGGCUGCAAUGGAGCUGGCUCAGGGGCCGGUGACCUUCGAGGAGGUGGCUGUGUAUUUCACCAGGGAAGAGUGGGCUCUGCUGGACCCCACUCAGAGAGCCCUUCACAGGAAUGUCAUGCAGGAGAACUAUGAGAAUGUGACCUCACUGGGUGGCAAAAGGGCACAGGCUGCAUAAACCUUCCCACAUGCAGCCUGCAAGCGCCAUCAAGCACAACAGACCCACAGGAAGACCUGAAACAGGAAUGUCCUGGUGUAACCCCCACCAAGGAAUGGGAGAGAUGCUGGGGCAUCCAUGGGAACGUUGAUGGGUUCGAACUUCCCCAGGUCACUGGCGAAAGUGGCCUCGCUCAGGUUUCCAGUUUCCCAACCUGAUGUGAUCUCCCAGCUGGAACAAGAGGAAGAGCCAUGGGUCCCAGACCUCCAGGGUUCAGAGGAAAGAGAGAUCCUGAGAGCUCCCUGCACAGCAGGUGAUGUAAUGGUACAUGAGAAAGAGGAGCAGAAUUCUCAGCCGGAAAAUGUUGAGCAAGUGGAUAAACACAGAGAAUUAUCGCAAAGAUCGAAAAGGAAUGUGUCCGGGAGUCAUGAGCAGGGAACAUCUGGUGAGAUUCGGCACAGACCAGAAAGAGAGCAAGGAAACCAGCCAGGGGAGAAAGUGGGUACAUUUAUUUCCUGUCUGGGAACUCAGAAGGCCCUCAGGGAAACCACAACCCAGCAGGAAAUCUUCAUGGGAAAAAGAAAAAAUACAUGCAUUGAGUGUGGGAAAAAUUUAAGUGACUACUCAGCCCUUAUAAAGCAUCAGAGAAUCCACACGGGGGAAAGGCCCUAUGAAUGCCGUGAGUGCAAAAAAGGCUUCACUAGCAGCUCAGACCUUUCUAAACAUCAGAGAAUCCACACAGGAGAGAGACCCUAUGAAUGCAGUGAGUGUGGGAAAAACUUCACUCACAGAUCAAGCCUUUCUGUUCAUCUGCGAAUCCACACAGGGGAGAGGCCCUACAAAUGCAGUGUUUGUGGGAAAAGCUUCACUAGCAGCUCACACCUUUCUAAACACCAGAGAAUCCACACAGAUGAAAGGCCCUAUGAAUGCAGUGAGUGUGGGAAAAGCUUCACUCAAAGAUCAGGCCUUUUUCAGCAUCAGAAAAUACACACAAAGGAGAAGCCCUAUGAAUGCAGUGAGUGUGGGAAAACCUUCAGUCGCAGCUCGCACCUUAUUACUCAUCACAGAAUCCACACAGGAGAGAAGCCCUACGAAUGCAGUGAGUGUGGGAAAAACUUCACUCACAAAUCAGCCCUUUCUGUACAUGAGAGAAUCCACACUGGGGAGAGGCCCUACAAAUGCAGUGAGUGUGGGAUAAGCUUCACUAGCAGCUCACAUCUUUCUAAACAUCAGAGAAUCCAUACAGAUGAGAGGCCUUAUGAAUGCAAUGAGUGUGGGAAAAGCUUCACUCAAAGAUCAGCCCUUUUUCAACAUCAGAGAAUCCAAACAGGGGAGAGGCCCUAUGAAUGCCGUGAGUGUGGGGAAACCUUCAAUCGCAGCUCGCACCUUAUAACUCAUCAGAGGAUCCACACAGGAGAGAGGCCCUACGAAUGCAGUGAGUGUGGGGAAAGCUUCAUUCAAAGAUCAGGCCUUCUCCACCAUCAGAGAAUCCACACAGGGGAGAGGCCCUAUGAAUGCUAUGAGUGUGGAAAAUGCUUCACCAGAAGCUCAGCCCUUUCUGUUCAUCAGAGAAUCCACACAGGGGAGAGGCCUUAUGAAUGCAGUGAGUGUGGGAAAAGCUUCACUCACAGAUCACGCCUUUUUCACCAUCAGAGAAUCCACACAGGGGAGAGGCCCUACGAAUGCAGUGAGUGUGGGAAAACUUUCAAUUGCAGCUCUCACCUUAUUAGUCAUCAAAGCAUCCACACAGGAGAGUGGCCCUAUGAAUGCAGUGAGUGUGGGAAAAACUUCACUCACAGAUCAGCCCUUUCUCUUCAUCAGAGAAGCCACACAGGGGAGAGGCCCUAUGAAUGCAGUGAGUGUGGGAAAACCUUCAGUUGCAGCUCGCACCUUAUUAGUCAUCAAACAAUCCACACAGGAGAGAGGCCCUAUGAAUGCAGUGACUGUGGGAAAAACUUCACUCACAGAUCAACCCUUUCUGUUCAUCAGAAAAUCCACACAGGGAACAGGCCCUAUGAAUGCAGUGAGUAUGGGAAUACAUUCUCUUGGAACUCAGCCCAGGUUAACCAUCACAGAAUCUGCAAGGGAGAUCAACACCAUAAAAACCUCUAGGGCUAUCCGUACUUUUUUUUUUCUUUGAUACCUUUCCUGAUUGCCAAAUACUAACUUUUGAAGCUGUUUGAACUGUUUGCAGCACCGUUAUCCCUCAGCUUGUCCAGAUGAGUGGCCCAUUUUUGCCUUUUGCAGUUUGCCCUCUUUUGAGGUGGACCUAUUUGUCCUUUCUAUGAUCCCACAAGUAAUUUGAGUGUGCCCUUCCUAUCAGAAACCAGGGAGCAUCACAUUUAUACCAUUCCUCCUAUUGGAAAGUUAUUGUUAGAGUCUCCAAUGAUACAGAUUGUAUUAUUUCCAGUUGUUCUCACAUUGCUCUUGGUUGUGCUGAAGAGCAGUUAUAUUGGGAACUUUUCAAAUUACAUGUAAAUGAAGAGGAGCAGGGGCACUGGAAGAGAUGGGGUGACUCAGAGAUUCCUUCCUUCCCCAUCACUGCAGAACUGUUACCUUUUGCCUGAGCCGUGCAGAGUUUAUGUUCAUCACAUUCUAUCCAUCCACUUCUCAAGGUGUCACGUGAUGAAGCAUUCUCCAUUGUCUGUGAUUGGAGAUGAUACUUUGACUUCUUUAAUCCUAUAUCAGUCGCUAUGACUGGAGAUGAAAGUGUCAAAGGCCUGGUAGGAGAAUUCAAAUGGAUCCCAAACACAGUGUGAUCAUUUGGAGUUUAAAUCCCAGGUUCCAUCUAUUGGUAAAGCUACUUCUGGCAAGGUGACUGUUUCCCCCUCAUUAUGGGGAUGCUAGGAUACUAAAAAGUUUGUAAAUAACAUAUCUGGCUAUUGACACAGUGCUGAGUGAAGUAUCUUUGAAUGGAUCAGAGACUGUGAUGGGAGAAUCUCUUCUCCUGAUUCUGAGUCAUCAGAUGUAACCUGCUCUGGAAUUUCACUUGACACUUUCGUUGUCAUGUAUUCUCUCUCUCUCUCUCUCUCUCUGUGAUGUGGGUUUCUAUCUUUCCUGGAGGCUUUUUCGUCACCCAAUUGGAUAUUAGUUCAGUCUGAUAGGAUGUAGCUCAGAUUUAUUGGAGACUUUAAGAUAAGUGACCAUUUGAUAAGGUCCUCUUUUAUCAUUUCACCUUUGCUUUUUCCCCAUCCCUCCAUGCUGACAUGGAGAAAGUUGAAGUGCAGUUCUGUCAACAGGAGAGAACUCUCCAAUUUACUGGACAUGCUAACAAAGACACAGCAGUGAUUUAAAAUCUCCACUCAGAAACGGUGAACAACUGCAGAACCCCAACAAAUUGAAGGAAGUGCAUAUGAGCUGAAUGUAAUUGAAUUGUUGAAGUCAAUAUUGUCUCAGAUGAUCUGGGGAGAGAAUUCCAUGAUAAGUUAUUUUGAACUGGGCAGAAUGCCCAUGUGUUUAGUUCCCAAAGCAUUUAUAACUCAGGCCCUCCAGAAGAUCUCUCCUAGCUAAUCCUAUGGUAUGAGAAAUGCAGCCCUUCGUGAUGUAGAUGUUGAGAAAUAGAAGUGGAGUUUUUGUUGAAUUUAUUCUUUGUAGGUGCUAAAGAUGUGUAUAAAAUGAAAUUGGUGUUGAAAAUGUAAUAGCUUCAGAAAAAUAGCAAUUUUUGAAUAGAAACUCCAGCUCUGGUAACUAACGGAGAUUCUGAUCCAGGCCUGCAUCCAGUUCAUGGCCUGGACCUGUGCCACCGAAUUAAAGAAAAGCUGGACAUGUUUUGUGAAGCCAUUCCUCACUAACACUGCUGAGAUUUUGAGUGGUUUUGUAAAGGAUUCUUCUUCAGAGAAGUGUAAAUUUACCCUAACUAAGGCCAAGGAUUUGGAAAGAACUGGGGUGGAAAGAGUCCACACUCAGUUCUUGGUUUUCACCCCAGUAAAGGAAGCUUUGGUGACCAAUGACCCAAGGAACAUUGUUUGUAGAACUCCACUUCCUAGUUCAGUGUCACUGAUUACACUUCCAAAGGAUGUCAGGGGUAGACUGAGAACAAUCAUCCUUCACAGUUUGGCUCCAAAGAGAGAGAGCUUCAUAGGACAUUCCUUCCCCAUGGAUCCCAAACUGGCUGCCUGAUUAGGUAACAAGCACUUUCAGGCUGUAGAAAUGAUGGUAACCAACGAGGCGAUGAAUUUGUCAGCCUCCAAUUUCAGACUUCUGGAUACAUGCAUAUUGAGCCCUGAUUCUAUGGUUUUGUUGUUGCAGCUGCACCAAUGUAGCUGCGCUGCUAUAGCACUAAUAUUACGUACACUCUAAGCCAAUGGGAGAGAUCUCUCUGGUCGGACUUUAGUCCAGCCCCCACAAGCGGCGGUGGCUAUGUUGGCAGGAGAAGGUCUUCCCUGAUGCAGCACUAUCUACACAGGGGGUUAGGGCUGCGUAACUGCGUUGCUCAGCUGUGUGGAUUUUUCACAACCCUGAGCAAUGUAGUUAUCCCAAUAAAUGUCUUUAGUGUAGACCAGACCUUAGUUUUCUCUUGUGUUUUAUCCACUUACAUUACUCCUCUACUUUGAAAGAUUAAAAAGUGUGAAAAAAGUAUCUUUCCUCAUGAUGCAGACAUUCCCACAUAGGAGACCCCUUCCACCAACACACGUGGCAGAAGAUCCUGAGAUAUAUGAACUUACAGAAGUGUUUGGGGCCUAUGUUGGGACAAACCACAAUUUGAGCCAAGGUUCAGUUGUUGGCAAUGGGGAUUAAAAGAAAACUAACAUA